AUGUUUGCCAGUCGCGCGAUUUUGGCAUCUCGUCAAGGCGGCCGCGCUCGUAUUACUGCAAAGGCUUCCAAAAUCCGGGGUCUUGCAACGGUAACCCCCGUCAGCUCUGUCGCUCGGAAUCACAAGGUCGUUGUCGUCGGAGGAGGCAGCGCCGGCCUGACUAUCAGCCACCAACUUUUGCGGACUGGUCGUUUCUCUCAGGAUGAUGUUGCCGUUGUGGACCCUGCCGAAUGGCAUCACUAUCAGCCUGGCUGGACACUGGUUGGCGGUGGCCUCAAAUCAAAGCAAGAGUUACGAAGACCGCUCGAGAGUCUGGUUGACCCCAAACUCAAGUUCUACCAGCAGGGUGUGAGUUCUUUUGCCCCCAAGGAGAACAGCAUCAAGCUAGGAAAUGGCGACAAACUCGGCUACGAGCAGCUCGUCGUCGCUCCGGGCAUUAGCAUCGACUACGGCAGCGUGAAGGGGUUACCUGAGGCCCUCGCAGAUCCCACUUCUCUUGUGUCUUCUAUCUACGGAUAUGACACUUGUGACAAGGUCUUCGGCACUUUCGGAAGACUUCAGAAGGGCAAUGCUAUCUUUACCCAACCCGCCGGCGUAAUCAAGUGUGCUGGCGCACCCCAGAAGAUCAUGUGGCUCGCUCUGGACCACUGGAAGCGUGCAGGCCUUUACAACCCCAGCAACCCUGCAAAAUCACCCAUCAAGAUCAGUUUCGCCACUGGCCUCCCUACCAUGUUUGGAGUUCCCAAGUACAGCGCCAAGCUUGAAGAAUUGCGGAAGGAGAGGGGCGUCGAGGGACUCUUCCAACAUGAUCUUCUCGCCGUGGAUGGAAACACUGCCACUUUUGGUCGGCCUGACGGAAAAGAAAAGGUCACGAAGCAGUUUGACCUUCUGCAUGUUGUCCCGAAAAUGGGCCCCCAUGCUUUCGUAAAGAACAGUCCCCUCGCAGACGCGGCUGGAUAUGUCAGUGUUGAUCAGUCCACAACCCGUCACACCGAGUUCCACAAUGUCUGGUCAGCAGGUGACGCAUCCAGUCUACCUACUUCUAAGACGGCUGCGGCAAUCACAUCUCAGGCUCCCAUUUUGGUUAGCAAUCUGCUGCGAUCUUUGGAGGGCAACGAGCCUGAACCCAAGUAUGAUGGCUAUACUUCUUGCCCAAUUCCUACCGAGUAUGGCAAGCUUUUGCUUGCAGAAUUCAAGUAUGGCGGAAUUCCCAAAGAGACGUUUGGCGACCUUAUUGGAUUUGAUCAGGCAGUUCCCCGACGGGCAUUUUACCAUUUGAAGAAGGAUUUCUUCCCGUGGGUUUACUAUACGUCAAUGGUCAAGGGAACUUGGGGUGGCCCCAACGGGUGGAGGAAUUGA